GAAGAUUUUCCGGAAACAAUUGUGGAAGACGACGACGAUAACGAUACAAUUCCAGCAGACAAUAAAAUUAUGCCAACUGUUCCGGAAGGUGAAACAACAUGUCGGAUUAAAUUGCUACGACCAGAAUUACCACCUGAAAUACAACCUGAAAAUGUUACCGAUUUACAUUGUGCUAUUAAUGUAAAGGAACGUAUUGAAAUUAAUGGUAAAUAUUUCAACAUUAUUUGA